UAUGCCCAAUCACCAUGUCUAGGCAUUGCGCACAGACCAUGCUGGUGUCUGUGUGCAGCAACUGCAUGGAGUUAAUCAGGAUCUCCAGUCUCCAGUCUUCAUUCCCUGUUGGUGGAUGGCUGGUUGAUCUCUCGAUUUCCGCAUUGCCCAGAUCUGAAGCGGAGAACUGUUGGAAGGCUUAAUGCUGGAUCUGGAGGAUAUUGACUAUCCCUAUUUGUACGCAUUGCGUAUUUUCGGUUUGCAUGGAGCCCGAAACCGAUUGCCUUUGGCUGUCUCCGGAAGGAAGGAAGGAAGAAACAAACACACACAUCGAGGGUAUAAGAAUGGUGCCAUCUUCUCACAGUGGUCCUGGAAAGGGACAUGUUUCUUCUUCCUCCUUCAACCUUCCCAAAGUCUGUUUGACUUGUUGAACGGUCUCAAUUACUCACCAUGUCGCUUUCCGGCAAGACGACACUCAUCACAGGCGGUGGUAAGAAUCUCGGUGCGCUGAUUGCCACCCUCUUCGCCGCCGAAGGGACGAAUCUGGCUCUGCACUACAACUCUGCUUCCACACAAAAAGCGGCCGAGGCACUGGCGGCCGACCUCUCGUCCAAGAACAAAGAGAUCAAGAUCAAGGUCUACCAAGGGGAUCUCACCACCGCGAGCAGUGUAGAGAAACUAUUCGAUAGAGUUGCCGCAGACUUUGGCCCGAAGCUCGACAUCGUGAUCAACACGGUGGGCAUGGUCCUGAAGAAACCAUUGGUGGAGAUUUCCGAGCAGGAAUACGACACCAUGUUCGCGAUCAAUUCCAAAGCCGCAUUUUUCAUCACCCAAGAAGCGGCCAAACGGGUUAGCGACGGCGGCAAGAUCAUCAACACCGUGACCAGCCUUCUAGCAGCAUACGCACCAUCCUAUACAUCGUACCAAGGGAGCAAGAGCCCCGUGGAGUGGUUCACCAAGGGCUUGAGUAAAGAGUUGAUGCCGAGAGGGAUCAGUGUCAAUGCGGUCGCGCCAGGGCCUAUGGAUACACCAUUUUUCUACGGCCAGGAGACCCCGGAGGCAGUUGCCUUCCACAAGUCCAACGCCAUCGGCGGUCGGCUUACAGACAUCAAAGACAUCGCUCCGAUAUACAAGUUCUUGUGCACCGAGGGAGCUUGGAUCAACGGUCAGACAAUCUUCGCCAAUGGAGGAUACACGAGUCGUUAGGGGAGCAGCAUGUGUGAAUAACUCAGGAUGAAGACAUAUUCCGAGAGUCAUCGGAGGUGGGUGACUGAAUCGUCUUGGUCCGUAACACGUAGCUUGGAUUGAACGAAGCAUAAAAUGAGGAGAAUUUGCUUCGUCUUUAAGCAUAAGAUCGG